AAGACCCGGCCAGCUUGAUGAUGGUGGAUCGUCCAUGAUUGUUUACCCUAUUUAGAAGAUUGAUGACAUCUCGAUGUUUGCCGAGUCGCAUGUGUCAAUAAACUUCCCAUUCCAUGUGCUAAAUCUGCACACUACUUGUACCUCUAGAUGCUGGGGCACUUCACAAAAUUCGUAAACAAUGACUUCCAACCGCGACUAAUCCUAGGGAACUACGAUUUUUGGUAGAAGAAGAAGAAGAAGAAGAAGAAGAAGAAGAAGAAGCGUGCACUAGAUAAUUAUUUAAAAAAAAUAGUUAAACGGCAGUAUAAGGUCAUGAAUUGCAUAAUUUUUUUACACAUUCAGGAUUAUUAAUUUGAAAAUAUUCGUUGUUGAAAAAGUAAAUAGAUUCCUGACUCAAAUAUCAACAGUUUUGCUGUGAACAGUACCUACGGCAUUGUUUGCGCCCUUCUAUUGUUUAUCAGUGUUGCCAAUUGGUAUGUGUUUACCCUCCAAACUGGGUAUAAGACUUACACAAAACUGGGGAAAUAAGUGAAAUUAGCAUAUCUAUUUGUAGUAUAUAUACAUAUUAGAGCAAUUUUAUCAUUAUUGCAUUACUGUGACAACUAGAAUUCAUGGAAACAGUUUGUAAAUGCAUCAGCGCGUAUGUGUGGAGCUCCACUAAAUUGGCAACUCUUGAUUUUUGCUGUCGUCUACUCAUAUCUACUUUAGAAAUAUCUGUAAUUUUUCGGGCUUAAUUUGGUUGCAAAAAAGGGAUAAUAGACAUGAAUUAAAUAAAUAUUUUGAAGUAACAAAGUAAAGUUAAACUAAAUCAUGAGUAAAGUAAAGAAUUAAGGGAAUAAAGCUUUGCUACCUCAUAAACCGUGUGCUCGUGUGCUGCCCGCAGUGUAGUUCAAGUGCAAUUUGGAGUGAAUGAAGACCAAAAUAUGUAUAGUACUAAUUACAAUCAAGUAAGCAUUGUGGAGUUUCAGUUGUGAUGGCAGUAAGGAUAAAACCACUGAUUACAAGGUAAAAAUGAAUUUCAGUUCAAACCAUGACCCCAGGAAUAAGAAGUUUCAUACUUUCACUAAUAUAGGCAACAAAAUGUUAUAUUGUGCUGAUUACAACUGCAAUCUUGAGUAAGAUCAAGAAACGUUACAUAUAUACGCUAACAUUGUUCAAAUGAGUGCUGGGAAGACUGUGAAAGAUGUUGGACCCACUGGGCUUACAAACGGCACCUCAUGCAGUUGCCGCCAUAUUGGAUUUCAAAACUGCCUUGAAAACAUAUUUUACAAAGACCUCACAUGCUUAUUUUAGUUCGUAUGGCGCUUUCAUAUAUCACAUUAUGUUGACGAAACUUCACUCUUUUGAAUGGUAUGAUUACAGAUGUAAUUGUAUUCUUGUUUCACCAAUUAAAUAUCGAGUGAAUAAGGCUGAUCCAUGCGAUGACAAUGGAUCCACUGUGGUGUUUCCCCCUAGGCUAGGUAAGCCUAACCUAGUAAUUGGAAAGGCCCUUAUGUAUACCGAGCUAGCUUACAGUUUGCAGAAAGAUGAGAUCAGGCGGGUAGUUUGCAUAUCUGCGGUAAGCAGUUACAGCUCCUAUUAAAGUACCUUGUGGAUCUUAACCCUGAGGCUAGUGCUCGCAGUGAAACAGUACCUCUUGCCUGAACAAACGAGCUUGCCAAGAAUAUUUAAAUAUGCGGAUAAGGCGCGAAGCGCUGUUCCGCCACGUUCUUACUGACAGCACACAUUAACAAGAAAAUCGGCGGUCUGCGAAUAUUCACUCACUCUGAUCAGGGCUUUCCUAAAUUUACAGGUAGUGUUAGCCUAGCUACUUGAGGGAGGGCCAGGGGCCAAAGUGAGGUUAGGAAGGUAAGGUCUUGUUUGGGCAGGACAUGGCAUUCUAGGGAAGAUUUGAUUUAUUUUCAUUUGUAGAACCUGUUCCCAUCAUUCUACACUGGCCCCAGUCCCAGUACUAGGUACCCCUCUCCCAGUUGGGGCAUGGCACCCUAAGUUAGGUUAGGAAGAUAAGGUUUGGGUAGGCAAGGACACAGCAGUAAGAGAGGUUAGGGUUGUCCCUGUUUUCGCUGUCAGCUUUCUUACACCUACCCUUCUUGACUCUGCAUCUACUCCCGAGUAGGCGUUUCAGAGGGAAUACCCAUGACUUAAUCAGACUUACCUUAACCUAAUGCAACUGUGGAUCCUUAACAUACACCCAAUAUUUGCAUAUGUAAUAAAGUGUUUAUUUUUUUACAGAUAAUUGUCGAUGCUUAGCUAGCGUCAUCAUCAAGUCGUUAAAACAUAAGAAUUUUGAAGCUUAGACAAGAAUUCCAGGAACAGUAACAUUUGAAAUUUACCAAGGAAUAAGAAUUAGCGUACCGGACACAGUUGAGAAGGAAGCAAGAUAGUGGUUUUGGCAACCGUCUUCUAGAGCAUAGAGGUCUUAGAAACACUUAUGAUAUGGAAGAUUGUGAAUAUUUUAGUAGUUAAUGUGUAUUUUUUUAUUAUGGCGAAAUCGAAUGCAGGAAAAGUUAUUUGAAAAGAUAAUUUUUAAAUGUUAUAAUUUGUAAAUUCUAAAUGUUGUUGGUAUGUUUGUACUAUAUUAAAAUCUUUAAUGCAAACUAUUAAAACAGGAAAAUUAGUACUUAGAUGGCAAUAGAAUGUAAUUCAUUACAAAAUUGUUGUGUUGUCCACAACUGUAUUUUAUGUAAUGUAAUGGUUAAUUUUCCUUCCUUUAAAUUUAUCUGGGAGUAAGCUGAAAUUGUUAGGAUAGAUAGUUAAGCAGGUUUCAGUUUUGUGCGUUGAGCAUCCCUUGAAAAUGGAAGCUAAAGAUUCAUUACUAAUCUCUUCAAUCAAACAAGAAAAGGAGAACCUGGAUAAUGAUCAAACUACUUUUACAGUUGAAGGCUCUUUAUUUGUAGAACCACAUAUAGAAAUUAAGACGGAACCAGAAUUUAUUGAUGUUGAUUGUAUUGAUGUUAACUCCUCAUGUAAAUCCAUAAAGGUGGAAGGUGAUCCUUUAAGUUGUGAUGAAGAUCGAGAAACUGGAACAAAAAUAAUUGAAAAUGUAGAUACGCUAUUGCAUACAGAACACUGUCCUAUACCAUUUACAUCUUUUGGGAAAUCAUUUAAUGAGAAAUUAUCAGGUGAAAAUGACAAAAAUGAUUGUAAUGAAAUGGCACAAUUUUCACAAGAAAAUAAUAAAAAGCAAAACAGGGUAACUUGCGAUGAAUGUCAGAGUACUUUUUCUAGCUUAGGUAAUCUCAAAGCCCACAUGAGACUCCAUACUGGAGAGAGACCAUACUCUUGUUCAGAAUGUGAAAGUACUUUUUCUCACUCAGGCCAUCUGAAAAGCCACAUGAGAAUCCAUACUGGGGAAAGACCAUUCACUUGUUCAGAAUGUCAAAGUACUUUUUCUCUCUCAAGUCAUCUGAAAAGACAUAUGAGAACUCAUACAGGAGAGAAGCCGUUCACUUGCAGUGAAUGUCAAAAUCGUUUUUGUAAUUCAUAUAGUCUCCAGCGACACAUGAGAACUCACACCGGAGAGAGGCCAUUCGUUUGCAAUGAGUGUCAGAGUAGCUUUAAGCAUGCAGAUAGUCUAAAAAUACAUAUGAGAACUCAUACUGGGGAGAAACCUUUCACUUGUCAAGAAUGCCAAAGCAGUUUCUCUCAUGCAGAUAAUCUCAAAAUACACAUGAGAACUCAUACUGGAGAGAGGCCAUUUGUUUGCACUAUAUGCCCAAAUAGUUAUGCUCGAGCAAGCAGUCUCAAAAUACACAUGAGAACUCAUACUGGGGAGAAGCCCUUCAGUUGUCCCGAGUGUCAAAGUAGGUUUGCUAUGUCCAGCCAUCUCAAACUCCACAUGAGAACCCACACUGGGGAGAAGCCAUUCAAAUGUGCUGAAUGUCCAAGUAGCUUUUCUAACUCAAGCCAUCUGAAAACACACAUGAGAACUCACACUGGAGAGAAACCAUUUUCUUGCAAUGAAUGCCCAAGUAGUUUUUCUCUCUCCAGCCACCUGCGAAGGCACAUGAGGAGUCAUACAGGAGAGAAGCCGUUCACUUGUCCCGUAUGUCAAAAAAGUUUUACUCAUUCAAGUAGUGUCAAAACACACAUGUACAUUCAUACAGGAGAGAAACCUUUUACUUGCAAUGAAUGUCAGAGUAGUUUUUCACAGUCAAGUUGUCUCAGAAGGCACAUGAAACUUCAUUUCCAAUAGAGGCCAUUUAAUUUGUUUCAUUCCAAAGCAGAUUUUCUUACUAAGGUCAUCUUAAAAUACAAAUUUAAAGCCAUUUUUCUGUAUGGAAUCAAAAGUAGUUUUUCAUAUACGUAAGUAGUUUACCAAGUAAUUACAUAGCAUUAGUCUCUACCUGUGUGGCAACCUUGAAUUUAACAAUCGUGUUAGCAUUUCGAUAGUUUAGUAUAGGUAGCCCUGCCCACUCAGCGGGUGUGCUAACGACUUCAUCGAUAGCACCGUUCAUACUCAACAUCGUCGAGCUUGCUGCAACUUGGUUCACCGUUUUUUUAGUGUUCUUGUUGGAAUAUGGUGAAGUAUUAUCACUUUUAUGUAGCCUUUAAUCUUUUGUUUGCUUAUGUUAGCUUUUUGAAUUACAUAUGUAGUUAUGUCUGAUUCGACGUUAUUGUAGCGAAGGCUGUAGGUCUAGACUGACUAAGCUUUAUUAUGAUUCACAUUUUAUGUGCAGUAAUGUAGAUUGCCAGAUAUGUUCUAAGGAGAAUACUUUUGAUGAGUGCAAGGAUUGAAGAUGAGAGAAAGUGGGAGGUUCUUGAAUCUUGCCUUAGUAAACUUGAAAAGGAUAGAAAAGUUAGGUAUAUCUUAGUUUUACCAGACCACUGAGCUGAUUAACAGCUCUCCUAGGGCUGGCCCGAAGGAUUAGAUAUUUUUACGUGGCUAGAAACCAGUUGGUUACCUAGCAACGGGAGCUACAACUUAUUGUGGGAGCCAAACCACAUUAUAUCGAGAAAUGAAUUUCUAUCACCAGAAAUAAACUCCUCUGGUUCCGCGUUGGCCAAGCAGAGAAUUGAACUUUGGACCACCGGAUUGGUAGCCGAGUGCAAAAUCCACUUGUCUAACGAGGAACUUGAAAGGGAUAGAAAGAGAAAGGUGACCUUUAGGGCUGAGAGUAGGGCUUCGGUUUACCUAGAUUUUUCCUCCAAGCUUAAGUCAGCUCUUAGUCUUGCUAUACCUUCCUCCCCUGUUCCUGCCCUUUCUCCUAUGCCCAGCCCUCCUCCUAUCAAUCCACAUACUCCCAUACCAGGCUCCCAUGCAUCUGACCCCGAUGCCAUUGCCAACCUUGAAUCCAGGUUUGAUAAGAAGUUAAACCUGGUACUGCAUACGGUCUGAGAUAGGGAUGUCCCUGAAAGUCCUAAUGGACAGUUUUUUUGUGAUAAGUGUCUAGUGAAGUGCAGGUGGAGGAGGUGGCUACUCGUCCCGCCGGUUCUCCUAGAUGAAGGUCCCUGUUCAGCUCCCCUAACCCUGGGAGAAGACAUACUGGAGCUCCAAGGGAGGAUGGUGGGGUUUGCCCACAAGUAGUCAUCCCCUCAGUUGAGCCUGUUGCACAAAUCCAGAUCUUCACAGACGGUCGUUGGAAAGGCCUCCUUGGAUGUGCAUUAUUUGUCUUCAAGUUGAGUCUGAUUAAGAUCACAGGCUCCACAGAUGCUUCCUUGAUUCAUCCCAGCCUCUGAAGGGGCACACAGACAAUACCGGUCGAUCUUCUUUGCUGCAUGUUAAGCAGUACAAGGAGGCACUUUACAGUUCACAGCCUUCCUGCAGCUCAGUCUUUGCCUAGGCUUGGCUUCCUACUCAUCCAUGAGAUUUGCAAUGCACUGUUGUUAAGGGGACCAUCCGCUAUGGCGGAUGACAUGUCAACUUGAAAAAAUAAAAAAUCAAGUUAUUACUUGUAUCUAUGUAGAAACAUGCCGUGCAUGCUUUCCAGAAGUUUCAGCCAGUUAUUUUUACAAAUAAUGAAGAUAUAGCGGUUUUUAAAUGAUGACGUCAUCGUAACUGCGUUGUCUGUAUGACUGAGUUUGACAGGAUCAUUUUUGCGUGUUUAUUUUUGCAUAUAUACAGCGAUAUUUUCAGAUUUUUUUCGAAGUUCUCAUACAUCUGAUAGCAAUGAAAGGUAGUGUGACACUGUGUGAGAGGCGAGCUGCUCAGAGCGGUUAUUUAUAGGCGAGACUCAGAGAAUGACUCGGUUACUCCACAGACAUCAAAGGAGUUACAUGCACUUACACACUUGCGUUUGGUUACUAGCUAUUUACGUUAUUUUUAUAACUUCUUAGUGAACUUAUAGCAAUGCCGAAGUUACCUAAGAUCAAGAAGGCUACUCAGCAACUAAGGCUAGCAAAAUUAGUGAAGGCCAGGAGUGUGCUGAAAGAAAAACACGAAAAUUCUUUGUUAUCAGCUCCCUCAUUGUCUCAUGUCAGGCCGUCAACAUCAUUGUCUCGUGUCACGCUUAGGGUAUUAAUACCACUUUUAGGGGGAGGACCAGGAUCCUUGAUGUAGAAAUCAACAAUAAAAGUAUAAAUAAAGUAAUUAUAAUAAUGUUGUUUUGACUUUUAUUAGAAAAAAAGCGAAAAUUUACAUAGCAAAUCUUUGGGAGCUCAUAACUCAAAAACAUACUUAUGCGCAUGUCAGUAACCAUUACUCGGUUAUUUAUUAUCCAAUUUUAGAGAGAAAGAUAUCAUUGGAAAGAGGAAUAAAAAUCCCAUAAUUCCUUGUGAGCCAAUUUAUUCUUUCUUUUUUUUACGAUUUUUUUGAGUAGACAAAAAUUUUUUUUUUUAAAUUCAUAAAAAAAAAAUUCUGUUCACAGGAUUAUUCCAUAUAUAAAGUAGUUUUUAUGGUAUGAUUUUCAAUACAACUGAUGUCAUAUUAGCAGAGAAAAUGCCACCUAAAUUUUUUUUUAAUUAUAAUUUUUGCUAAUAAAACUAAAAGUUUUUGCUCAAAUGACUUGAAAUUUUUAUAUGAUGAAGUUAUUAUAUAUAUCUAAAACAUAUAUGGAAAUUAUGUAUUUUGUAUAAUAAAAAAAAAAUACACUACAUAGCGGACGGUCCCCUUAAGUGCCCUCAUUUGGAUCUCAGGCACUCGUCACUUAAGUGCCCAUCUCAUGUCAAGCGCCCAACGCCAGCUCCCGAGUGCCCAGUCACAGUUAGCCCCGACACAAGAGAUUCUCUAUUUGGAGAUGAUUCUCAAUUCUUGGACUUUUCGGUCCCCUAAGAGAAUUGGCAACAGCCUCCAGACAAUCCAAUUUUUUUUAUCUGUCGUCUUGUUCAACCCAUCAGUGGAUGAGCCUACUAGGAACUCUAUCGUCCACUGAGACCUUGCCAAGUUGGGAAGACUACACGCGAGAGUACUCCACCUCUACCUAAAAGCCAACUGGGACAGGGAAACCCAGCCAGACUCUGUUGUACUCCCUAUCACUCGGGAAAUCAAAUUGGACCUGUAUUGGUGGCUGACAGGCUUCGAGCAGUCAGGAAGCUUGUCAAAGCAAAAGGUUUUUCAAGAGCAGCUGCAGAAGCUGUUGCAAAAUGCAGACAACAAUCUUCUUGCGACAUCUACCAAACUAGGUGACCAGUUUUUCGUAGAUGGUGUCUCAAACAUAAUGUCUGGUCCUCUGAGAUAUCUUUGACCCAAAUAGCAGACUUCCUCCUCUAUCUGAGGACCUCAAGAGGUCUGUCCUCUUCCACCAUCAAAGCAUUAAAGAGUAUCGAGCUAUUAUUAGCUCGGAUUUUAAGCACUAAGGUCUAGACCUGUCAUCAAACACGGAUCUUAAUGACCUCAUCAAGUCAUUCGACACUUCUAAGCAGAAGAAGGCUGAUCUGCUUUCCUGGAAUCUAGAUGUCAUGCUCAAGUGGCUCACAGGCCAUCCUUUUGAACCCCUCGAUUCCACAUCCUUAAAGACCCUCCCUCGUAAGAGGCCCUUCCUUGUAGCUUUGGCAACUGCCACGCAUGUAAGGUGUAAGUGAACUGCACGCUAUUGACGAGAGUGGGCUUCUCCCAAGGAGAUGCAGUGUGCACCUCUACCCUAGGUUUCCUAGCCAAGAACAAGGACUCAUCCAGGCUCUGGCCUCAUUCCUUCCACAUAAAGAUCUUAAUUGAAAUUCUGGGCCUGGAGGAAGAGGAAAGGAUUCUUUGCCCAGUCAGAGUCCUAAAAUAUUACCUGCGAAGGACUGAGAUCAGAGGGCCUUCCAUUAACCUCUGGUGUUCUGUCAAGAAUUCUUUUUGCCCUCUUUCAAAGAAUGCAUUGUCGUUCUUCUUAAGGGACUUGAUCUCUGAAGUGCAUUCUUGUAUUCAGGAGACAUUGUUUUCAUUCAAAGUGAAAGUGCAUGAAGUCCAAGCAUUCACUACCUGUCUCACUUCAAGCAUAAUUUGUCCAUUUUGUUCAUUCUUCAAUCGACCUUAUGGUGGUGCAGAUUGAUCUGGUGUUUGAAUAUUGCACUACCCUCACUACCCUCCCUGAGGUCAUUAUCAGUGGCUGGCUGGCAGGGUUAUGGUUAUGGUUUUAGGGGAAGAUUCUUUUGCUCCUCUGUCUCUUGCUCCUUGACGUAGGGCGUCGAGUUUUUGGCAAUAUGGGGGUACUUUGUACCUGGAGUGCCCACCAAUCUUAAUGGAUGGUUAGUGUUUUAUUUUUCAGUGUAGGUGACAGCAUUGUCUGGUUGUUGGUUUUUAUUGGUAAUGCGUCCAGGACAAUGGCGCUUAUCAUAUACUAUAUCUUGUCAGUGAUCAGGCUUACCUUCCAUUACAUGACUCCCACUUAUGUAAAGGCGACCCUUGGCUCAACCACCACGCCACUACAGGUUAAGAUGAGCACCAACUCGAGGUAGUAUUCACCUGCAGUAGCUCUCUUACCAGGUAAAGAAGUGACAAGCAUCGUUUCAAUGCUAGCCAUACUUACUAUUUCAAAGUCAUUACCACACCUUACUGUUUUGGAGUAGAAUAUGUCCAUUCAUCCCAGCCCAAUCAAUGUGGGAUUCAGCUAUGUAAUUACUACUUCGUAAGCUAGUACUUAUAUGAAAAUGAUAUUUUUAUAAUAAAAUUAAGUUUCAUAUAUAGUACUUGCCAGGUAAUUAUAGAUUCAGAGCCCUCGCUCCCCCUUUCUUGAACAUAAGGCACAAACAGAAUGACGCCGUCAGCGAAGUUGUUACUAUGCACCUGUUGAGUGGACGUGGCUUGUCACCUACACUAAACUAUCAAAGUGCUAAUGCGAUUGUUAAAGGUAGCCGCACUAGUAGAAACUGUAGCCAUGUAAUUACUUUGUAAGUAGUAUAUAUGAAACUUAAUUUUAUUAUAGAAAUAUAAUUUUUCUCUCAUAUCUAUUCAAAGUACAUACAAAAACUCAAAAAUAGAAUUCUUUAACUACCACAAAUGUCAUCGGUUUUUCUCAGGUUGGUUAAAAUGUGCAGAUAAACUUCUUAAAGAUAGUGUUCAUAUGGACAUUAUCUUGAAUUUUGUUUUCCAAAGCAGAUGCAGUAGAACCUUGGUUUUUCGUACGUAAUCCAUUUCAGAACAUCCCAUGAAGUCCGAAACGUACAAAAUCUGAAAGAAUAAUUCCCAUUAGGAAUAACAUAAAUCCAAUUAAUGCGUUCCAGACACCCAAAAAUAUUUUUAAAAAAUACAUUUUAUAGUGAAUAAAAGUUUUACAUACAGAAAACAAUGAGAAAUAAAUAUAAAUCAAUAAUGAAAUGGAUGAAUAAAGAUUUAGCAUCACUACCUUUAUGGAAGACUUGUUAGUAUAUGGAAGACAGAGAGGAGGGGAGGGAGGAGGAGAGGUUAUUGUUUGGAAGGGAAUCCCCCUCCAGGACUUCAGGUAUGAAGGACCCAUCUUGGGUUAAUUCUCCUCUUCGUUUUUUACUGGCAAUAGGACAAGCUGGAGAGUCACUGGACUCUUGUAGAAAACAAAACUGUCCUGAGACAUUUGUCUCUUGCAUCUCUAAAAUGUGCCUAAAGGGGAACAAGGCAUUGUCAUUAAAGAUGUUGGAGACAUGGAUUACAACAUCUUUGUUGGGAUAACAGUUCUACACAAAAUCUUGUACAGGACUCAACUUUGCAAACUCCCCUUAAUCACUGAAGUAGGGCGCAUUAUGUAAGUAUGCCCAUUUGCUUUUUGAAUUUUGCAAACCAGCCUCUGCUGGCCUUAAAUUCACUAACAGCAGCCCUUGUAGGCAUUUUCUUAUUGAGAUCGGCAUGCAACACCCUCCAACACUUUGCAACUAGUUCUUUCUUAAAUUCUAUAGUGUUUCUUGCUGUUUUUAUAAAAGGGCUGGCAUUUGGAAUUUCUUUAGCUCCAUGAUGGCUUAUUUAGCAGUUGCACUCGUAAAAAAAAAAAUUAGUAAAAAAAAGCACAAAUAACUAACAGAAAAGCAGAAUGGGUCACGAGAGAACACGGGAUGCUUUGUUUAGGUGCUUAGUACAGGGCCUAGUCACAAGGUGGGCCCUAGAAGGAGCAUUUCCAGGUGUACAAAAUCCGAGGACUUGGGUGAAACCAGAGUCAAAAUUUCAUCAGAAAAACUUUACGAAAACCGAAUCGUACGAAAUCCAAGGUUUGACUGUAUUCUUGAUGUGCAUUCAUAUAAAAGCCUUUCAAUUUCUAUAAACUAAAUUUAUUUUAAACUUAUGGAAUCAAGUAGCAUUCUAUAUUUUUAGGUAGUCUCAGACAUGUAGUGAGAGUACUAAAUAUAUAUCUACUGUGCAUUUCAGGGCCAUGUCUAACUGAUUUUCGUCAAUAAAAUCUUACCAGAACAUCAGAUAUGGAUCAUAUUUUGGAAAUAACAAUUUGAAGCCAUGGCCAAAUUGGCAAAAAUAUGAAGUGAUAUAUGUAUAAUAUUGAUAAUUAAGGCACUUAUAGAGUAAAUCAAAGAAGUUUGAAGGGAACUUAACUAAAUAUAGUAAGCACCCAGAGAGAGACUAUUUGUGACAUAAACUAUGACAUCAGACGUAAUAGCAGGGUUCCUAGUAGUAUGAUAAUUAUCGUAGAAACACAAAUAUUUGACCCUCUUGUACAAUAAGUAUUAAAGGAAAGGCUAGGCAAAUCACUGUUGAGGAUGACGAUAAUAUUAUGGUUUCCAUUGGUAAUACCUCGGGUAAUGAAUAAGAAUUUGGUAUAUAUACAUAUGACAAUAUUAUUGCUAAGGAAUUAUGUAAAUAUACUUAUGGAAAUAUUACUACUUUCAUUGAACAAUUUUACAUUGACUAUAAGAAUGUACAUAGCAAUUAUAACAAAAAUUCUAUUUACUCUUUCACUAUCAGUUAUACAAAACCUUUGGAACUGGUGACAUACAAACUCUUUUUGCAAAGAGUUUGUAAGAUUUGGUCCAUAUUUCAAGUUGAAAGAAACAUUAAUUGUGCCAUGGAACUGUAUUACACUAAUAAUAUUCUCAUUUGAUGCUCAUUCCCUUGUACUUUACUUAGGGUUGAGUGUGUGAAACAAUAUAAGAAUUCCAAAUACAUAAUACUGUUACUACUACCAACAAAACAUGCGAGUCUUCAUUCAUAAAAUAAUAUGGGUGGGGUGUCUAGUAAAGGACAUCAUACUACAGUAUCAAUGGGUGGGAUGUUUUCCUAGCCUCUAUCUAUGAGCUUGCUAGAUUUAGCUCAUUUUCCCUUUAAAUUUCUUUGAUUUACUCUGGUAAGUGCUGUAAUUAUCAACAUUAUACAUCACUGCAUGUAUUUGUCAAUUAGGCUGCAGCUUCAAAUAGCUAGUUCCAAAAUAUGAUCCAUAUCUGAUGCUCUGGUAAGAUUUUAUCAACGAAAAUCUAUUAAACACCUCCCUAAAACGCAUAAUAGUAUACAUACUCAUUGCUACCUAAUCAUGAUGUGAGUUAGGCAACACUGCACAUGUAAGAGUGCUUGAUAGCUGGAAACAGCUAGUGUACUAUAAGCAUGGUCUUUUUAUUUUUGUAACCUAAUUUCAGAUUGGGACAUCAGUUGGUAAUCUCAUCCCAAUCAAUUACACUCAGGUUGCCAACAUUUAUGUUGUCAAAAUCCUUGUCUUGUAUUCUGAGCAGUCAAAAUAAUUCUUCAUAAAUUAGUUAAGAAUUUGUAAAAUUUCCAAUCUUUUGGAGUGUAGGAUAAUUUUUUAUUAAAAUCAAGUAUUUACAACUGAUAAAAGGUGAGAUUAUUGAAAAAAAAUGUUUGCACUAUAUCGUGUAAGGAAAUGAAUUUAAUAAAUAUUAUUGAACAAAAGACCAAGGGAAGGUUGUGACUUUUCUUGUUUGUGCAGGCUGAUGAAUUCACAGAAAAUAUAGUUUUUUUAUGAUUGUAUAUUUUAUUUUUAUUUUUAUCAUUGUCAUUCUAAUAAAAAAAAUAUAAGGUGCUUUCAUCAAGCAUUCAAGGAUUUAGAGAAU